AUGGCUAUUGAUAAAUUGAAUGCCCUGUCUGACAUUGAAAGGCAACGCCAAGCCAAUAUUGCCGAGCAGAAAGCGCUGCUGAAGGAGUUACAACUCACUCAGCCCACAGGGAAAUUUGCGAGUGCGGGCAAACCAGCGAAGAGUGACUCAACGAAGAGCAAAAAAAGAGCUGCACCAAAGCGGGUGAAAGAGGAAGAAUCCCCCACUCCACGACGUCAAUCGUCCCGCCUGCAGGGACUCGCUGCCGACAGCGAGGUUGCCAAGCGUAAGGCUGAGGAACAAUAUGAGGCGGCCAAAGAAGUCGAACGAGUCAAGAAGAUCAGACGUACAGAUUCAUUUACCCAGAAUGACAUGUUCGUUGCCGGACAGAAGCUCAGCGGGGACAGCCUGAUUGGGAUUGAUGUCGUCAACAAGGGUGUUGCGGAACCAUAUCUGCGAACAUUCGGGGAUGAAGAAAUUGAGAAAACCACUGAUAAGGGUCUCAAGGCUCUUCGCGAAGAGAUGAACGGAUUGCAAUUAUGGGAUAAAUGGGAUCCACAGAGGAUCAAGAUAACCCCCGAACGAGUGUAUACCAUGGCCUUUCACCCCUCCGAAACAAAGCCUUUGGUAUUUGCGGGUGACAAGAUGGGACAUCUGGGCAUUCUGGAUGCGUCACAGGAGAAACUUGAGGUGAAGCAAGAGGAUGAUGAGGAUGAUGAUGAUCCUGACCCCGUUCUCACAACCCUCAAAAUUCACACGCGCACGAUCAGCUCGAUGACAGUUCACCCUUCGAAGCCAACCAGUUUGUACACAGCGAGCUACGAUAGCUCAAUCCGCGAAUUGGAUUUGGAGAAGACGGUAUCGGUCGAAACCUACGGGCCAGAGUCAACAAACAUCGACGAGGCAAUUUCCGCCAUCGAUAUGGCUCCCGAUGAUCCCAAUGUCAUUUAUUGGUCGACACUUAAUGGUGGAUUCGCACGUUAUGAUGUACGUACCCGCAAGAACUCAGUAUCAUCAUGGCAAUUGUCUGAAAAGAAGAUUGGCGGUUUUACGUUGUGUCCAUCGUCUUCGCACAUCUUCGCCACCGCCAGUUUGGAUCGCUUUAUGCGACUGUGGGAUCUACGCAACCUUUCAUUCGACGAACCAGAGCCAGUUGCAGAGCAUGAGAGCCGCCUCUCAGUCUCACAUGCUGCAUUCAAUGGCGCGGGUCAGAUUGCUACGUCCUCCUACGAUGAUACCUUGAAAAUCUACGACAUGGGCCCUAAGGGUAUCUCCUCAUGGGCAAAAGGCCACACAGUGCCUGAUCAAGAAUUCCGCCCUGAUACUGUGGUCAGACACAAUUGUCAGACAGGUCGAUGGGUUACAAUCCUGCGACCCCAAUGGCAAUUAAAUCCGCAGUCUCAUAUCCAGAAGUUUUGUAUCGGCAAUAUGAACCGAUUCGUUGAUGUGUACAGUGCCGGUGGUGACCAGCUUGCCCAGCUGGGUGGCGAUGGCAUCACUGCUGUUCCUGCCGUAGCGGUCUUCCAUCGCAGCAAGAAUUGGGUUGCUGGUGGUACUGCCAGCGGCAAGCUGUGCUUGUGGAUGUGA